CAUGUUUUAACGACAAGUCUCUCUCUGACUCUGUGUGGGACUUCUCUCCUGUUCAAUGCAAUCAACGUUACCGAAAAAGUUAGAUCCUAAGUAUAUUUAGGGUUUUAAGGUAUUAGGGCUUGGAAGGAAUCUCAGUUUCAUUUCAAUUCCAGAGAUGAUAGGAACCUCAUCUGAGAAAGUGGUUGCUGUGAUCAUGGUGGGUGGCCCAAAAGGUAAUAGAUUUAGACCAUUGUCAUUGCAUCUUCCAAAGCCACUUUUUCCUUUAGCUGGACAUCCUAUGAUUCAUCAUCCUAUUACAGCUUGUAAAAGGAUACCUAAUUUAGCACAAAUCUACCUCAUUGGGUUGUUUGAAGAGCGAGAAUUCGCUUUAUAUGUAUCGGCAAUUUCUAAUGAACUUAAAGUUCCAGUCAGGUACUUGAGGGAAGACAAACCACAUGGUUCAGCUGGUGGGCUUUACAAUUUCAAAAAUUUGAUCAUGGAAGACAAUCCGUCAGAAAUCGUUCUGUUGAAUUUUGAUGUUUGCUGCAGUUUUCCAUUACCAAACAUGCUUGAAGCCCAUAAAAAGUAUGGUGGCAUGGGGACACUCUUAGUGAUCAAGGUGUCUGCUGAAUCUGCCAACCUGUUCGGUGAGUUAGUAGCUGAUCCCAUCACAAAAGAGCUGUUGCAUUACACGGAAAAACCUGAAACAUUUGUUAGUAAUGAAAUAAAUUGUGGUGUCUACGUAUUUACACCACAUAUAUUUACUGUUAUCGAGGAUGUUAUCAUGCGAAGGAAAGAUAAAGCUAAUGUGCUAUCUGCUUCAAGUUUUGAAGACAUCCAGUCUGCUAAAGAUAGGUCACUCCCUCCAGAAUUUGUUAGACUUGAUCAAGAUAUCCUUACACCUCUUGCUGGAAAGAAGCAGCUCUAUACCUACGAAACCCUAGAUUUUUGGGAACAGAUCAAAACUCCAGGAAUGUCUUUGAAAUGUUCUUCAUUAUAUCUUUCUCACCUCCGAUUCACCUCUCCCCAACUCUUGGCGAACGGGAAUGGCACCUCAAGUGCUACCAUUGUUGGCGAUGUUUAUGUCCACCCAUCUGCAAAGAUACAUUCUACAGCGAAGAUCGGUCCAAACGUCUCAAUUUCGGCUAAUGCUCGAGUAGGAGCUGGGGUGAGACUCAUCAAUUGCAUCAUUUUAGAUGAUGUAGUAAUCAAGGAAAAUGCCAUUGUUGUUCAUUCAAUUGUUGGGUGGAGAUCAUCUAUUGGAAAAUGGUCCACGGUCCAGGCUGUAGGGGACUACAAUGCGAAACUUGGGAUUACCAUUCUCGGUGAAGCAGUUACUGUCGAUGAUGAAGUUGUUGUAACUAAUAGUAUUGUUCUUCCAAAUGAGACCCUUAGUGUGAGUGUACAAGACGAAAUCAUUCUCUAACAUGGAGUCAUUGGAGAAAGAGAGAUCCAGCGGAAGGUUUCCUUUGGAAGAGCAUGGUCAGGAUUCCACUUCCCUGAUGUUCAAUUUCGUUUCUUAUAAACUAUAUCUGCUCUCAAAAUAGAAAACCAGGUUUACUCCCUCAACAAUUUGGUUAUAUCAGCAACUCUACCCUUACGUAGACUGUAUUAUUAUAAUUCAAAGCUUUGUUUGUUUUCACUUCUGUUUGUGAUUUUUUUUUUUUUUGGAAGCAUGUAUUUUAUUAAGUUAAA